CAUUGAGGAUAAAACGCUAAUUUUCUUUGUUCUUGCGUUUGUUUAUUGGAAAAUGCUAAACCAUUCGAUUGAGGUAUUUAAUGAAUCAACGGUCAAUCCAUGUUAAUUCUAGCCGUUAAGGAAACGUGUUAUGAUAUAUACAAAAUCUCUCACACUUUUAUUUUGUAAAACAAAAUUUUCACAUUGUUUCCUCCUCUCUCUCCUUCUGGUUCUUUCGAAAGAAUCAAUCCUUCAGACGACUGGGUUUUGAUUUUGGUUUGAUUCAGUCACGAAACUAGUACAAUCGAUUUGGGCAUCUUCUUCCUCGUGGUGAUUUGGUUAGGUUUCUUUCCUCUCUGAUCAUCCUCUUCGUGUUUUCUUGUUUAGGGUUCUGAAUUUACUAAUCGUUCUUGUGAUGUACAGAUCUAGGGUUUUUGUUCUGUUUGGUUUUAAUUCGGCAAGAAACUAUUUUAAUCGGCAGCUUGGUUUCUUCUUCUUCUUCUUCUUUCUCCUCCUAGUCCUGGUUGUGAUUGAUUAAGUUUUUCUUCAUCCUCUCUUCGUGUUUCUUCCUUUUGAUUCUCCUCUGAUACUAAUUUGUUCUGUACUUAUAACUUUUGUUGUAGGGAUAUUUGUUUUUGUUUUGUUGUAUGUUUUCAAAGAUAUGAGGAUUGAAAUCGAAUGGGUACAAACAAUUGAUCAGUUCGAUCAGAUUUAAUGGUUUUAUUUAAUUUAAGCAUUUGACUUCUUCUGUACCAUUGUGAUUUUGGAAUCAAGAUUUUUUUGUUUUUGUCUUGGUGUACUUGAUCGAACACCAAUAAAAAUUUAUUUAGUUUAAUAAGAAUCUAGAUGUUGUAAAAUAUUUAGUGGACUCUAUAGACUGGCCCGCUCACAGUCCAUUAGGACAUGGUCUUACGGCCCAUGUACAGUCCGCGCAUGUACGGCCUAUCGGCCAUUGCUUUACGGCCCAUGGCCUAUUAUAUAUUCUAGUCGGUUUAUGGGUUUUAGCCUUUGUACUCUACUAUAUAUACUUGUAAACCUCGACAUUCAUGAAUAAGACUAAGAGAUUUCAUCCUUCAACUCUCUAGUUUCAUAACACGUUAUCAGCAUGAUAGCCUCUAAGGCCAGCUGAGAAAACCCUAACCCUAAAACCCUAAAAGCAGCCGCCGCUUCCCAAACCCUAAAACCCUAAGGCAGCCGCUGAUUCUCUUCUCUCUUCCAAAAACCCUAAACCGUUUUCUGUUCUUGCUUCCAUCCGAGACUAAAAAUCUUUCUGUUCGAAGAUCUCCUUGUUCACGAGCAUACCUUAAGCUCGUGAUCAAGCUUCUAUCGAUAACUUGAUCGAGGUUUGUGGUCCGUGUUCGGGGGUGAGUUCGUGUGUUCGCGGUACGUGAUUCCGGACGAGAGAAGUACAAAGGAGCGGUUCGUGGUUCUGUUCGUGGUCCUGUUCGUGGCCGUGAGCGAGAGAGAGGUAAAACCGAGGUCUGUUAGCUCCCGGUCCAUAUCCAGUCAGAUCCAAAUCGGUGAAAGAUGGCAAACCUCAAAAGCCUAGACUAUCCCAUCUUGCAAGCUUCUGGAAAGAACUACUUGGAAUGGGUGAAAGACACCGAAAUCCACCUAAGGUCAAAUGGCCUAGCUGGUUGCAUUGAUGAGGAAGUUGAGAGCACUGACAAGAAAAAGAACAAGUGUCUCCAACAUAUGCACCAUCACAUUGCGGAGAGUCUCAAGAGCCAGUACCUCUUCAUAGACAAUCCACUCGCCCUUUGGACACAGCUUAAACGCCGUUACGGGCACCAAAAGACGGUGCUCCUUCCAAAGGCCGAGUUUGAUUGGAAAAACCUAAGGAUCCAGGAUUACAAAUCCGUGGAGGAGUAUAACUCUGAGCUUUUUAGGAUUGUCUCACUCCUUAGGUUAUGUGGAAAAGAGGUGACUGAAAGAGAGCUGAUAGAAAAGACCUUGUCUACUUUCAGCCCUAACAAUAGAGUUCUUCAGCAACAGUAUCGGCAUCAAGGUUUUGCCGAUUAUGGGGCACUCAUUGAAUGUUUACUGCUAGCUGAGCAGAAUGAUGAGUUGUUGCUGAUAAACAGUGCUAUGAGACCUCCUGGUACGGCCCCAUUACCGGAAGCAAAUAAGGUUGAUUUGGGAAAGAAAACUGCAAUAGAGUCUAAGGAGCCAAAAGUGCCCCAUGAGACCAACUACGUCCACAGAGAAAGACACUACGGCCAAGGCCGUGGUGGCAGAGGACGUGGUGGCCGUGGCGGACAGGCCGGCCGAGGAGGCCGCGGACGUGGUGGUAGGGGCCGUAUGUCCUUUAAACCACACACCAAGGCCAAAUCGGUCUGCCACAGAUGUGGUAUGUCAAACCGCUGGUCCAAGACUUGUAGAACUCCCAAACACCUCAUUGAUGCAUACCAAGAAGUUCUAAAGAAAAAUCCGGAAGCCAACUAUGCGUACAUCGAUGAUGAAGGAGACUUCGAUCAUGAGAAUGACGACUUGCUAGAGACUUCCGAUUGCCUUCAUAUGGAUGAUUGAUUUUCGUUUUAAUUUUGGUUUAAUUUCAAUGCUUUUAUGCUUUAUUUUCCUUUCUUGUAUUGGAUGAUUAUUUUA